AUGAUUUUCUCAAUUGUUUUAUUAGCUCUACUCAAUAUCUUCUUAGCGGAAGGUGCAGAAAUUUUUUCAUAUAACUCUCAAGACUGUGGUUCCGAUCUGUCGGGUAACAUCCAGUUAAAUGUGAACACAUGCUAUGGAAUGACAGGAGGUGAUCAGAAGAGCAUGUUUGUAAUGAACGAAUCUGAAGAUUACACUGUGCAUGUAUGGUAUGGAAAUAUGCAAUGCCAAGAUCAAGAGAGUGCUCAUUUUAACUACAAUGCAUGUUGUAAUCUAGAUGAUGACGAAUUCUCAGUGAUGGUAACAAAGGGGGAUGUUAAAAGCGCAGGAUUGACACCUGCAAAGAAUGUGAAGAUCGACAACUUCUUUUAG